AUGUCGUCGGCUCUUUCGCAUUCGCUGCAAUUCCCCUACGCCAGCUCUUGUGGUGUCCGUCGAGUGGUCACAUCUGCAAGGGAUCCGCUGUACAAACGUUUCGGCCGAGUCGUUGGAGGAUUUGAUACGGUCGCUGGAGCAUUUCCGUGGACAGCGGAAGUUAAAGUGAAAGCCACCGGAGCUCAUCAUUGUGGUGCUUCCAUUCUCGACACGACUCACCUCAUCACUGCAGCUCACUGCUUUGAGCAAGAUCGUCGUCCAACCUCUUAUAUCGUAACCGUGGGUGAGUGGGACAUUUCCAUACAAGAAGGGCAUGAGCAAACGUUUCACGUCAUUCAGAUCCACUUCUACCCUCUCUACGAAGACCUCUUCGCUCAUGAUCUCGCAAUACUGGAAAUAGACCAACCUGGAAUGAGGUUCGACGAUUGGACCCAACCGAUCUGCUUGCCCUCGCGGGAAUUCAUGUAUGAAAAAGGGAGAAAAUGUGUGGUAUCCGGUUGGGGCAGCAUGGGCCUUGCUUAUCCUAGGCGGCUCCAGGCUGCGGUGUUGCCAAUUAUUGACAGGAUGGAAUGCAUGAACUCGUCUCAUAUCUACACUUCAAUGAGCCGUUCUGCCUUUUGUGCUGGAUACUUACAGGGUGGUAUUGACUCGUGUCAAGGCGAUUCUGGAGGACCGUUUGCUUGCCAGGACCACAGUGAGCCGUACGUUUUGGCUGGUGUGAUCAGCUGGGGUGAUGGAUGCGCUCAGAAAUCACAACCUGGAAUUUACACUAUGGUUGCACCAUACUUGUCCUGGAUCGAAAGCAUUUUGGACAGAAGCAGGAGUUGA